GGUGCCAGAGCCUGUCCCUCCGAGUGCUCCGCAACUUCCCGACUACCAUCUUCAUAUCUCUUGUGCCUACUGUUCUUAGACAUCAGCAUGCCGGGUCCAACGCCUAGUGCCACCAACGUGGGCUCCUCUGGGCGUUCUCCUAGCAAAGCGGUGGCCGCACGGGCGGCGGGAUCCACUGUCCGGCAGAGAAAAAAUGCCAGCUGCGGAACCCGGAGUGCAGGCCGCACCACCUCGGCAGGGACUGGGGGGAUGUGGCGAUUCUACACAGAAGAUUCCCCGGGGCUCAAAGUUGGCCCUGUCCCAGUACUGGUGAUGAGUCUUCUGUUCAUCGCUUCUGUGUUUAUGCUGCACAUUUGGGGCAAGUACACGCGUUCAUAGAUUUUGGCUGCAUCUAUCCAUCAUCUGAAGAAGAAGGAAAAACCCAACAUAUCUUGGACCAAAAGUAUAGUGAUUUCUGUUUAUGUGUAUUAUUUUACAGAGAAUAAGAAUUGACUUUGAGAAAUCAGUUUUUUCUAUGGCUAAUAAACUUUGGAAUUGCUUUAUAUGGA